GAAAAUGGAAAAACACUGCCCUCCCUCUUUCUCUCUCUCAUUUACUGUACCCACUAGUAUGUAGUAUCCUUCUCUGAGCGGUAGUAGUAACACUGUGAGGUAGGGGAAAGGUGGGAACACAGAAAAGCAGAGACUUUUGUUUCUCUUUGCAGUUGCAACUCUUGCAGGGGUGUGUUUCCUGCUCUGCUCCACAGCUCUGUUCGGAGAGAGAUAAUUAGAUAGAGAGUGGGAUUUAGACGCAUAUAAAUAUAACUUGUGUGAGAAAUGCAGCAGCAGCACCUGAUGCAGAUGCAACCCAUGAUGGCGGCCUACUACCCCAACAACGUCACCACUGAUCACAUUCAACAGUACCUGGACGAAAACAAGACCUUGAUUCUGAAGAUUGUUGAAAGCCAGAACUCUGGGAAGCUGAGCGAGUGUGCAGAGAACCAAGCAAGGCUACAGCGAAACCUCAUGUACUUAGCUGCAAUAGCGGAUUCUCAACCCCAACAUCCUGCCAUGCCUGGCCAGUAUUCUGGUAGUGGGAUUGCUCAGCAAGGAGCACAGUAUUUUCAGGGUCAACAGAUGACACAGCAGCAGCUCAUGGCAGCACGGUCUUCGCUUUUGUACGCUCAACAGCCUUUCUCGCCACUUCCGCAGCAUCAACCCUUCCACACUCAGAUGGGAAUCAGCUCCAGUACUUCAACCCCACCACCUCCACUUCACUUGAUCAACGCUGAAUCCACUCAUGUGGGACCCAGUUUUCCUGAUUUUGGCCGCAGCAACGCCGGAGAUCAGGCCAAGCAAGAAACUGGGAGCUCAGCUGAGGCCAGAGGGGGCAGCUCCGGUGAAGCCCUCUUCCUCAAACCUGCUGAUGAUUAAACAGUGAAAUUUACUCGGGCGGAUGUUUGUUUGUCUUAGGCUACUACAUUCUAUAGGGCACAUCGCCGGACCUCGCUUAUUGCGUCUUCUUCAUUCUGUAAAUUUUGGUCCUUUAAGCUUAAGCUUUUAUGCUUACCCUCCUUCUUGUCUUGUGAUGGGGCUUUUUGACUGAUUUUCGGGCUUGAAAUGAUAUGGUUGGUUGGGCUCGCUAAAACGGAGCGUUGCGAACGUACGGAUUCGAUAAACC